UUUUAGGGUUUAUGGGUUUGUGAUGGAUCCUCAGUCGCUGCUCUUCUCUGGAGUGCGAAUCGACAAGAGGCGAUUCUCAGCCGACAUCGCCCGAUUCGAGAAGAAGAGAAAAUCCGACUUCUCAAACGCAAAUGGAGAGAAUGCUGGAGAGGAUCUAGAGCUAAAGGACAUUCCGUCGCUGAAGAAAAAACUUAAGAUUCGUGCUGCCGGUGAUAAUGUUCCUCAGCCUCUCAGGAGUUUCCAGCAGCUUAGCUCGGAAUACGACUGUGAGCCAAAUUUGAUAAAAAACUUGGUGGAAGCCGGCUACAAGGAGCCAACACCAGUGCAAAGGCAAGUUAUUCCGGUUCUCCUUCAGGAACGCGAAUGUUUUGUCUGUGCUCCCACUGGUUCUGGCAAAUCUUUGGCAUUCAUUCUGCCGAUCUUAAUGAAACUGAAGAAGUCGAGCCCAGAUGGUAUCAGAGCAGUGAUCCUGUGUCCUACACGUGAGUUGGCGGCACAGCUUAUCACGGAAUGUAGGAGGCUAGCAAAUGGCAGUAAGAUCCGUGCGAGAUUGCUGACAAAAAGGCUUUUUAAGAACCCGGAUUUUGCUAGCCUUCGCUGUGAUAUUCUAGUAUCAACGCCUCUACGCCUGGAUAAGCUUGUCAAGUCGGAAAAAAUCGAUUUAAAACGUGUCGAGUAUUUUAUCCUGGAUGAAUCCGACAAGCUUUUUGAGCUUGGAUUUAUGCAGCAAAUCGAUUCUAUCGUGAGCGCCUGCACCCGGACAAACAUUGUGAGAGCAUUAUUCAGUGCAACACUGCCUGAGACAGUGGAGGAACUUGCAAGAACCAUUAUGCACGAUGCCAUUCGUAUCGUGAUCGGAGAUAGGAAUUCAGCUUCUGAGACAGUCCAGCAGAAGCUCAUGUAUGCUGGUAACGAGGAAGGCAAAUUGUUAGCCUUGAAACAAUUCUUCAAGGAGGGGCUUUCACCACCGAUCAUACUCUUCGUGCAAUGCAAGGAACGGGCAAAACAGCUUCAUAAAGCUUUGUUGUCAGAGAAGCUUAGAGUGGACAGUAUUCAUGCGGAUCGCACGCAAACACAGCGUGAGAUUGCUGUUCUUAACUUUCGAACUGGCAAGACAUGGAUUCUCAUAGCAACAGAUCUAAUGGCACGAGGAAUGGAUUUCAAGGGCGUGAACUGGGUCAUAAACUACGAUGUUCCCCAGGAUACAACAGUGUACAUUCAUCGCAUAGGACGCAGUGGUCGAGCUGGCCGGCCAGGAAAUGCUUUGACACUGUAUGCCGAGGAAGACGUUCCAUUGCUGCGGUCUAUCGCCAACGUCAUGAAAGCUUCUGGCUGUGAUGUGCCCGAGUGGAUGCUUUCCUUGCCCAAGAUUCGCAAAAGGAACCAGAAGCGUAUCCGGCGACAACCAGUGGGAGCUAGCGCGUGAAGACUCGAAAACAUCGAGAGUUGCAGUUGGAUCCCUUGUGGGGACCACGAAACUGGAAUAACUAGCACCGUUUCUAGAAA